AUGUACAAUCGAUAUAAUAUACAUUUAAAAAGUGAAACUGGUAUAGAUGAGAAAACAGUAAAACUUCCAACUGCUGAAGAACCAACUGCUGGAACAACUGGUGAUCAAAAAGUGCCAAAACCCAAAGAAGAGCCACAAGAAUCAAAUACAGAAAGUGGAACACCAAGUAAAAAAAAUGAACAAGCAAUUAAUGGCAAAGAAAGUACUGGGACUAGUGUUGGACAAGAAAGUAAACAAACAGUAGCCGAAGGAGAAAGUUCAAUAACUAAGGAAGAUAAAGGGAUAGGAAGUGGUGUAACAGGACAACCACAGACAGGUGAUAAAAAACCAGAAAGUACUGGAACAAAAACAGACGCACAAGGAGUCACUGAAGCAGAAGGCACAGGAAGUAAAGUUUCAGGAGCUGGUAAAACAAAUGACAAUGAGGGUCCAGAAAAAGUUAAACAAGAAAUUGAAGAAAAAGAUGGUAAAGCAGCGGAUAGUCAUGACAAUGGAAAUACAAAUCCAGUAACAAAUACAGAAACUACAGGAAAUGGAGAUAAAGGAGACACUAAAAAAGAUGAAGCAGUAGAUCCUAACAAAACAGGAAAAGGAGAAGUAUCUACAAAAGAUAGUGGAACAGGAAGUUCUGAACAAAGCCAACAGGGUGAAAAACCUGGAUCAACUGAUAAUAAUGAACAAGGAAAUAAGGGAACGGAUGGUUCUAAUACAUCGGGGAAAGAAGGGCAAAAUGGAAGUGCUGGAGAAAAUGGAAAAGGUGAUAAAGGAAGCACAGAACAAAGUCCAAAUAAUGAAGAAAAAGAACAACCAAAUAAAGAUGGACCAACUGGAGAAGAUAAAAAGGAUGUUGAUAAAGGAGAUAAUGAAGAAAAUGGAAAAGACAGUAAAGGAACUGAUGAACAAAAAGAUGGAAUGAAUAAUCAAAAUGGACAAAAAGAUAAAGGAAAUAUAGAUACAGACAAUAAAACAACAAGUAGUUCUGAUAGUUCAGAAAGUAAAUCAGAUGAUGAUUUAAACAAUCACAAGAACAUUGAUGGUGAGUUGUGUACAUUUAUUAUGCUUGGUAUUGCUGUUAUACUUUUAUUCUUCUAA